AAAACAAGAAUAUAUAAAAAAUGGCAAUCACCAUAAAAACGUUAAUCGCUUAUGUUUUCACUUUAUCUUUCAUCAUAUUUUAUGUUCACGGUGAUACAAUAACUGCUAGCAGUCCUGAAUCAGCAUAUCAAAUAGGUCAUGGAAUUUCAAAGAAUGGGUAUUGCUUCCGAACACCAGCAUGUCUUACCUUAUGGGGGACCUUAGGUUGCCCUGUGUUUUGUCUAAGAGCCCAUUAUUCUAGUGUGAUUCAUGGAAUUCCAAAGAAUGGGUAUUGCUUCCGAACAACAGCAUGUCUUACCUCAUGGGGGAGCUUAGGUUGCAAAGUGUUUUGUCAAAAAGCCCAUUAUGCUGAUGGUAAUUGCGUCAUCAAAGAUUUAUGUUGUUGUUUUAAUUAAUAGAUUUUAAAAGAAUCUAGCGAAAUAUUCUAAUGGUAGUUGCGUCAAAGAAGUAUGUUGUUGUUAUAAUAAGAUGUAAGUUUAUCUACCUGAGAGAUCAUUUUUUGUGUAUUGGA